CAGCCAGGAGACCAGCCACUAGGAUUUGGAUCCUCAUAUUUUUGGAAUCUCAGUCCGGGAUCCUCUUACAUAAUGGUUAAAGAACCCGUAUCAAGAGCUGCGUAUGCUGCUGAGGUCCAAGAAUGGUUACAGCAGGCGCAUCAAGCUCAAGCUCUUCAGCUUGGUUUUUAUACUUUUCUAUCUCAACAAGCAAACUUGUCAAUCACACCAGGACUAAACCAACCUCAGUCUAGUAGUACUAAUCCAACAGAGAGGAAUACAAGUCAAUCAAGCAAUAACACCAGGGAAUCACAGGGCGAGCAACGAAUUUAUACAAUACCUCCAAUCUGGAAACGGAUAAUUGCAGAACUACUCGAUAUAUUUAUUCUCUUCACACUAAAGGUCGUGAUAACGUUUACAGCUGUGGAUUUCUUCGAAGUGAUAGAACUUGAAAAUUAUGAUUUUCUAAACCUGGCCAACACUGAUAAUAUUAAUAUUGAAACAUUAGAUUACAAUGCAGCAAUACAAUUCACAUCUGAGCUAUUAAUACUGGAGUUAGUUCACAGAUUAGUUGUUUGUGUAUUUGAGGCACUUUGUACACACAGAGGACAACGAGGUAUGAUAGGAGGUGCUACGCCUGGGAAAGUGAUCAUGGGUCUGAAGAUUGUUAAAUGUGAACAGAUUGUCGCUGUUGGUGGAUCCCGUGUGGUUGUUAUCCCCGGGGAUAAUCUGGGGAUCUGGUGGGCUCUUGUUCGAUCUUUCAUUAAGAAUCUGUCCUUAGCGGUUUUUUUCCCUAUCUGUAUAUCACUGCUGUUGCUGCCAAACAGCCGAACCAUUCACGAUGUCAUGUCAAAAUCAAUUGUUGUGGAGAACGAGCAACAACCCAACAGAAAUUAAAAUUGAUUUCUCUCAACAACACUACCACGCGACGUGUUAGAAAUUCUUGUGGUUUCUUGAUUUUCAGAGUCAAUGGGAAUGAAAAAAAUGAUUUCAUGAUUUCAUGAAUACUAUUCCCAGUCUCUUAUUUUCUUGAAUUCAAUUUCUAUGAAAAUAUGUUUUUAUGAUUUUCCACGAAUGAUUUACACGAGAGUAGAAAAAUCUCCGUUAACACGAUAUGAACUGUGAUACACAAAACCUUAAAUCGAACAAUAUCAACCAUCCCUAUUUUUUUUAGAGAGUUUUUCUUAACUGAAGGAUCAAUUGAAACUACUUAAACAGUCCCGUUAAUGUUGAAAUUCCAAUAAAUUUCCUGUAAACGACGUGUGUACGACUGGAGGUUCAAGUAAAGAUAUUUUAAUUCCUGCGUCUAAGUUUCUGUCCGUUUCCUUCAAUGUCCAGGCGGAACACAAUUAACAUGAUAUCCGAGUGGUGAUUUAAAGAUGUUUAAUGUACACAGCAUUCAGAGGCAUAUUUACCCCCCCCCCUCUGGAAAAAUUCCUGAUUACGUCCCCAACUGCAUUUUUUGUAAACCACUUUAAAUGGUUUUAAUUAAUAACUCCUGGUCUUGAGUCUUGACAUUUCCAGAAUGUGGUACGCUAAUGGAAUACAUAAACUUUAGAACGA